AUGGCAUCCGUUAACAUGUCAUAUCUGGACCCCACAACAGUGACGCUGAUUGGCAUCCCUGGACUAGAGCAUGUGCAGUUUUGGAUUGGGUUUUCCUUCUUCGUAGUAUGCCUGCUGGCUCUUCUGGGAAAUACCAUUUUACUGAUCAUCAUCCCUGCAGAAUGCAGCCUGCACCUCCCCAUGUACAUCUUCCUGGCAAUUCUGGCAGCCACUGAUGUAGGUCUCUGUGUAGCCAUUGCUCCCAAGAUGUUGGCCAUCUUCUGGUUUGGCUCUUGCUCCAUGGUUUUUGAUGCUUGCUUAAUCCAGCUCUUCUUCAUCCACGCCUUGCAGGGCAUGGAAUCUGGCAUCCUGUUGGCCAUGGCCUUUGACCGCUAUGUUGCCAUCUGUAAUCCUUUGAGGCACACAUCUAUCCUCACACCUUUUGUCCUGGUUAGUAUGGUGCUGGUUGUGGCAAUCCGGGCAACGGUGCUCAUUGGCAUUUUACCAAUUUUAAUCAAAAGACUACUGCACCUUUUCCAUUCCACUGUAAUUGCUCACUCUUACUGUGAGCACAUGGCUGUGGUCAAGCUGGCUGCAGAAGACAUCCAAGUCAAUAAAACAUGUGGUCUCCUUGUGGGUUUUACAAUUCUGGGAUUUGACAUGAUUUUUAUCCUCAUUUCCUAUAUCCUUAUUUUCCAGGCUGUUUUUCGUCUACAGCAAAACGAGGCACGGCUCAAAGCAUUUAAUACAUGCACAGCUCACAUUUUUGUUUUCCUUGAGUUUUAUACUCUUGCCUUCUUCUCUUUCUUCAGCCACCGUUAUGGACAUGUUGCCCCCUCUACCCACAUUCUUAUGUCUACCAUCUACCUCCUUGUGCCACCUGCACUCAACCCUAUUGUUUAUGGUGUAAAAAGUAAGGUAAUUCGUAAACGUGUGGCACAGAUUUUUUUUCUGAAUCAUAGAUCAUAG